CUUAACAAAAAUUAUUUUAAGAAUUUUGUACAGGCCUGUAUGGUUUCGUUAUCUCAGUCCAAUCAGAAGAACAAACGCAGGCCACUGCACGCUCAUGUGAUGACGUAAUCCCGUGAAAGAGCACGCGCUCUUCUCAACAAUGUCGGGCACCAAAACACAUCAGCGUCCGUGCAGAAGAGAGCAAAUGAAAGCGAAAUCGUGCCGAAUCUCUAUCAGGAACAUUUAGAGGAGGUUAUGGCUGCUCAAGAACCUUCUCCACCCUCCUCCAUGGAGAACAACAAGCCGGGCUUUCCCAAGAAGAUUCUGGCCAAUAAACUCGAGGAGAAACAUUUAUGCAACUGCUGUCAGAACAUUCUGAGAAGACCGUUCCAAGCUCAGUGUGGUCAUCGCUUUUGUUCGUACUGCUUUAACCGGACUGUGGGAUCUGGACCACAGAAAUGUAACGCUUGCAUCAAAGAGAACAUCUUUGAAGACCCUACAUCUAUUCUCAAACAAGGCUGUGCGUUUCCUGAUAACGCGGCCCGUAGAGAGGUGGAGAAUCUUCCAGCCGUCUGUAUCAGUGAGGGAUGCUCCUGGACGGGAAGCAUUAAAGAUUAUGAGUUGAACCAUGAAGGUAAAUGUGAGUUCAUGAUUCUGGCCUGUUCGUUGUGCAAAGAGCUCAUCAGAUUGAACGAGCAGGAACGACACAAUGAACGUGAAUGUCCCGAGAGAACCCUCAACUGUAAAUACUGUAAAGAGCCUUUUCACUUCAAAAACAUCAAGGCACAUGAUGAAAUCUGUCCUAAAUAUCCCAUGAUCUGUGAAGGAUGUGCCAAAAAGAAAAUCCCCAGAGAAAAGUACGUUGAUCACAUCAAGUUCUGCAGUAAAUUCAGGACUCCGUGCAGAUAUCACGUGGUUGGUUGUGAUUUGUCAGUGGAAAAGGAGAAGAUACACGAGCACGAGCGUGCAUGCGCUCACGAUCAUCUCAAUCUGCUGCUGCACUGCAUCAUGGGUAUGAAGGUGAGUCUGGAGGGUCUGCAGCCCCAAAACCUGGAGCUGGCCGGUCACAAAGCGCACGAACUGCAUCAGGCUCUGAGAGACCUCGAAGCCAGAGUCAGCCAGUUGAGCGCCAUCCCGGGCCCGGCCGGACCACCGGCGCAGGGGGUUCUCCCCGCUCCGUCAUCGUCCUCCGCCUCCACGCAGCCUCUGCCUCCUCUCCCCACCUCCUUCACUCCUCUGCCCAGCUCGGUAGGCGCCGCCCUGGAGCUUCAGCUGCACAGCGAAAAGACCAAAGUGGCAGAACUGGGCCGACGGUGCCAGGAGCUGGAGGUGAAGGCGGGGACGGUCGAAGACGUGAUGUGCGUGCUGAACCGUGAGGUGGAACGAUUCGCCACCACCAUGGAAGCCAGCAAUCGUCAGCACAGACUGGAUCAGGACAAAAUCGAGGCUCUCAGUAACAAGGUGCGUCAGCUGGAGAGACAGGUGGGUGUUAAAGAUCUGACCGUGGCGGAGAUGGAGGGCAGGUUACGUGAGAUGUCUGCCACAACCUUCGAUGGAGUCUUCAUCUGGCGGAUAGCAGAUUUCACUAAGAAGAGACAAGACGCGGUGGCUGGACGAGCUCCUGCAAUGUUUUCACCAGCAUUUUACACCAGUAAAUAUGGCUAUAAGAUGUGUUUGCGUAUCUAUCUGAAUGGAGAUGGAACGGGUCGUGGAUCUCAUCUGUCUCUAUUUUUCGUGGUCAUGCGAGGAAUGAGUGAUGCUCUGCUCAAAUGGCCAUUUAACCAGAAGGUGACAUUGAUGCUUCUGGAUCAGAGUAACAGAGAGCACAUCAUUGAUGCGUUUCGCCCCGACAUCACUUCCUCAUCAUUUCAGAGACCGGUCAGUGACAUGAACAUUGCCAGCGGAUGUCCUCUCUUCUGUCCACUUUCCAAACUGGAGGGCAAGAACUCUUACAUACGUGAUGACACCAUCUUCAUCAAAGCUAUCGUGGACCUGACGGGCCUUUAGCUUCCUGAUUCAGUGUUAGGUCUUUACACACCGAUGGCCUCUUAAGCCCAGCAGGUGAUUGAUUUCAGAACGUCACAUGGUGUUAUUUCCCUGCAUGUGUUAAGCUGUCACAUUACAUAAUGUGUGAAACAUAAAUGUUAUGACUGCGCACACUCACAAGAGGUCAGUAGAGCUCUGCAAACGAACGUGAUGUUGAGGAGAUCUUCAGCAUUUACCGUGGUAUUUAAAGGGUCGCUGCAGGAUAUUUGGAAAGGCCAUCAUGUUUUAAACUUGCCCCACUUCUGUGUAUUCACUUACUAAAUAUUUGGCUUAUUUAAUAACUUUCUUAGUGAAGAAUAAAAGUAUAGUACACUAUAAUAUUUACUACAUUGAAAUCCAUUCCCUCAGAAUCAGAGCAGAAAAUGUGACUCUUUCUGUUUGCAUGUUUGGGCGACGCUUUUCAUUUAGAAACGUCAUUGAGUUGUUUCCGUGCCGAGGGGUUUUAUUGUUGUAUUGAGGCUAAUGAUUGUGGGUUCUUCUCUUUAUUGGUGUUUGAAUACAUCUGUGGAAGAUAAAUGUAAAGAUAAACAUGGUUCAAAUGUGUGAUUUGUAAUAUCGUUCUGUUAGAACAGCCGGGCACAAGUCUUGUGCAUAUUUAAUAUUACAUUUUGUAUAUUUAUAAGAAACAAUGACAGGUCUUAUUAUUACUUUUGUAUAUAGAAAUCUUUAUACAGUUUACACGAGAGCUUGAGUUUGUAGUGCUGGUUUCAUGGGAUUUGUAUUUUAUUGCUUUUACACUGCCAUGUGAUGUACGGUAUAGGGCAGUCUCUGGAUUUUCUAGGUUUGAAAUGUUUACAAAGGACCAAGUGUUUAAAAACUUUUGCUAUCUUUUAUAUUUGGUAUCGGGUGAAACUUAAGUUCAUGAGAGAUUUUAAACCACUUAUGACUCUUUUUAAAACUUCUGUGCCAUUCAAUCUGUCAUCGCACAUGAUAUCAAUCACAAACAAUGAAUACAUACUUUAAAAAAUUAAAUAUAAACUUAAUUUGUUUUAUUGUAAAUGAUACACUGCUUCUAUUCCUGAAAGUAAAAGCAGAUAUCUAUGUAUAUUCAUACUAUAUAAACCUAUACAUCAUCAUAUAUACACUUUAAAGUAAUGAAUCUUUAUUUUAUAAUAUUGAAUGCAUUAUUAAUAUUUAUAAAGCUUUUCAUGUGCAGUCAUGGUGGUUUAAAACUGAAACUGUCAGAAAUAAUUUGAUUUGUACAUCUUAACCCGAUCAUUUCAUACAGUCUUAAGAGCUAAAGAUUGAAAUUGCAAUACUUUUCAAGUUUAACAUUAGGGCAUUUAUUCAAAAGUAAAAAUGUAUAUGUCAAACAGAUAAUAAAAUAAUUAACAUUA